AUGGCAUCGAACUCGACUGACAGCCUGGAGGAGCAGGAGUUGGACUCCAUGAUCCGUAUUGCCUCCAGUGCCCACGGUCGAGCAUUGUCCCUCUCGGCCACCAUCGACGAGAAAAGCGACCCUCGUCUGGAUCCCAACAACCCAGAGUUCGAUCACCGUCUAUGGGCGCAGAUAGUUCUCCGGGCAAUGAACCAGUCUGGCAUCCAUCCGCAGUCUCAGGGUGUCGUCUUCAGCAACCUCCGCGUGUCUGGAUCUGGGUCCGCACUCAGGCUUCAAGAAACCCUCCUUUCUCAGUUUACAGUCCCCUUUCGCUCAGCCGCCCGAGCUCUUUCUGGUCAGAAAUCCCCUCGACAGAUUUUGCACAGCUUUGAUGGUUUACUUGAGAGCGGAGAGCUCCUGCUAGUCCUUGGUCGCCCGGGGAGUGGCUGCACGACGUUUCUCAAGACCAUCUGUGGGCAUCUGGGUGGUCUAACACUCGACCCUGAGAGCACCAUUCAUUACGAAGGCAUCGGGUUCAAUGACAUGAUCAAACACCACCGUGGUGAUGUCGCCUACAACAAGGAAAUCGACCAACAUUUCCCCCAUCUGACAGUGGGCCAGACACUCUCUUUUGCCGCCCAGGCUCGAACGCCACGAAAACGUAUCGAGGGCAUGACACGCUCGCAAUACGUCCAAACAAUCACACAGGUCGUCCUCUCAGUGUUCGGUCUUUCACAUACAUACAAUACAAAAGUGGGAGAUAACUUCAUCCGAGGAGUGAGUGGUGGUGAACGCAAGCGAGUCAGUAUUGCAGAGAUGUUCUUAUCCCGGUGCCGAGUCGGAGCGUGGGAUAACAGCACCCGGGGCCUUGAUGCUGCGUCUGCUCUGAGAUUCAUCAAGUCCUUGCGCCUUGCUGCUGAUAUGAACCACUCUUGCCAUGCUGUUGCCGCCUACCAAGCUUCUCAGUCCAUGUAUGAUUUAUUUGACAAGACCAUCAUUCUCUAUGAGGGUUAUGAGAUCUACUUUGGUCCUUGUGAUCGUGCAGUGGCCUACUUCCAGGAGAUGGGUUGGGAGCGACCAGAACGCCAAGUGAGUGGUGACUUUUUAACCGCCGUCACAAAUCCCAGGGAAAGAAAGGCACGACCAGACAUGGAGGACAAAGUGCCUCGCACUCCCAAGAAAUUCGCCGAUUAUUGGAGACGCAGCCCUGAGUAUCAGGAUCUGUGUAAUCAAGUUGCACAAUAUCAAUCCAACCACAGACCAAAUGAAUCCGAGGCCAAAGAGUUCCAAACCAGCCACAAAGAACAACAAGCUCGCCAUACCCGUGCAACAAGUCCAUAUCUUCUCUCAGUUCCAAUGCAAAUUCGUCUGUGCCUCCAACGGGCCGCCCAGCGGUUGCGAAACGACAUACCGACAGCCAUGUCCCCUGUGAUAGUCCAGGUCAUUCUUUCCUUGGUCAUCGGUUCGAUGUUCUACAAUUCCCCGAAUGAUAGCAGUGCCUUUUUUCAAAAGGGAGCUGUGUUGUAUCUUUCGGUCCUUAUGAACGCUUUGGUCACUAUCAAUGAGAUCAUGCAACUAUACAGUCAACGGCCUAUUGUGGAAAAGCAAGCAAGCUAUGCAUUCGUCCAUCCUUUCACUGAAUCUCUGGCCAGUAUUAUUAUCGACCUGCCUAUCAAGUUGCUACGCUGCUCAGUCUUUGGAAUUGUUCUUUACUUCAUGGCAAAUCUGCGCCGAGAGCCGUCACAGUUUUUCAUCUUUUACUUAUUCUUGGUUACUGCAAUCUUGACAAUGUCUGGAAUUUUCCGCAGUUUGGGAGCAGCAACGAAGACCAUCGGACAAGCCAUGGCGUUGGCUGGUAUUUUGGUCCUCUGCAUUGUUGUGUAUACCGGGUUCACGUUGCCCGAGUCAUAUAUGCAUCCGUGGCUCUCCUGGAUCCGAUGGAUCAAUCCAAUCUUUUACACCUUCGAGGGGCUGAUAGCCAAUGAGUUUCAUGGACGGAACUUUGACUGUGCAUCACUAGUUCCUAGCUAUGGAACCGGGGACUCUUUCAUUUGCUCGGCUCUCGGUGCAGUUGCAGGAGAAACAUUUGUGUCCGGAGACGCUUUCAUUGAACAAAACUACAACUACCACUACUCCCACCUGUGGCGGAACUAUGGUAUUCUCAUUGCUUUCAUGGUCUUCUUCAAUUGCCUUUACUUGGCAUUCACGGAAUUCAACACUGGCGACAAGUCCAAGGCCGAGACUUUGGUAUUCCGUCCUGGCCAUGUUCCGAGCUAUCUCCAGCAAUCUGAAGGCGGGGAGGUUACUCUUGAGAAGCCUGGGGUGCAAGCCAGUGAGGAGGAAAUUCAUCUCCCCGAACAGAAAGAUAUUCUCUCCUGGAAGGGCCUCAAUUACGACAUCCCCGUCAAAGAGGGCACGCGGCGAUUGCUCGACGAUGUGAACGGCUGGGUAAAACCGGGAACUUUGACGGCGUUGAUGGGUGUGUCCGGUGCCGGAAAGACGACUCUUUUGGAUGUUAUUGCCCAGAGAGUGUCUAUCGGUGUGGUCACUGGUGACAUUUUGGUGAACGGGAGAGCCCUCGAGCCCAACUUCCCUCGCAGAACAGGAUAUGUGCAGCAACAAGAUCUUCACUUGGAGACUACCACCGUGCGUGAAGCCCUUCGCUUCAGUGCCAUGCUCCGCCAGCCCAGAACGGUCUCCAAGAAGGAAAAGUACGAUUAUGCCGAGGAAGUCAUCAAGCUUUUGGGCAUGGAGGAUUUUGCAGAGGCAGUUGUGGGAUCCCUCGGAGAAGGUCUGAAUGUUGAGCAGCGAAAGUUGCUGAGCAUCGGAGUUGAGCUUGCUGCGAAGCCUACACUCCUGAUAUUCCUUGACGAGCCAACCAGUGGUCUGGACUCUCAGAGUUCAUGGACUAUCUGCUCAUUCCUCAGGCGGUUGGCAGAUCAUGGUCAAGCAGUCCUUGCUACCAUUCACCAGCCGAGUGCCUUGCUGUUUCAAACAUUCGAUCGCUUGCUUUUCCUAGCUAAAGGAGGCAAGACUGUUUACUUUGGUGAUAUCGGGAAAGAUUCCAAUACCCUUCUUGAGUACUUUGAGCGCAACGGAGCCAGAAAUUGCGAGGAGCUAGAGAACCCUGCGGAGUAUAUUCUCGAGAUGCUCGCGGGAGGAGAUGCGUCUGCAGGAGUUGAUUGGGUUCAAACUUGGCGCGAUAGUCCCGAGUACAAGGGAGUUGUUGCAGAGGUUGACCGACUUCAAUCUUCCGACCAGCCUGCUCCUGACUCCUCUUCUGCAGAUGACAGUAAUGCCGAAUUCGCCAUGCCCCUGUACAGUCAGCUUUUCUACGUCUUGCAGCGUGUGUUCCAACAAUACUACCGCCAACCAGAAUACGUUUUGGCCAAGUACAUUUUGGGUGUUGUUUCUGGUCUCUUCAUUGGCUUCUCCUUCUGGAAAGCAGACAAUACACAACAGGGAUUCCAAAAUGUGCUCUUCAGUAUCUUCUUGUUGUGUACCAUCUUCUCGACGCUCGUCAACCAGAUCAUGCCGAAAUUCGUCAUGCAGCGCUCGUUGUAUGAAGUCCGAGAGCGGCCAUCGCGGGUCUACUCUUGGAAAGUCUUCAUUCUAUCGCAGAUCCUCGUCGAGCUUCCCUGGCAAGCUUGUCUCGGUGUCUGCUCCUGGGCUUCCUUCUACUGGUCGGUGAUUGGGACUGAUCAGAGUUCUGAACGACGAGCAUUGACAUUACUAUUCAUCGUCCAGUUCUUCAUCUACGCAGGCUCCAUGGCUCAGAUGGCUGUAUCGGCGAUUGGCAAACCGACACUCGCAGCCAUGCUUGCGACCUUGAUGUUCAGUUUUGGCUUCAUCUUCAAUGGCGUCAUGCAACCACCAGACAACCUGCCACGGUUUUGGAUUUUCAUGUACCGUGUCUCCCCAUUCACAUACUAUGUCAGCGGCAUCGGUAGUACAGUCCUCCACGGCCGUCCCGUGGAGUGCAACAUGGCAGAACUGAGCAUCUUCAACCCACCAUCCAAUCAAACCUGCUGGCAGUACAUGGAGAAGUAUAUCUCAGUCGCAGGCGGGAAGCUGAACAACAACAAUGCCACUUCUAAUUGCGAAUACUGCUCCAUGACAUACGCUGAUCAGUACUUGGCAGCGCGCAAAAUCUACUGGGAAGACCGCUGGCGCAACUAUGGCAUCUUCUGGGCGUACUUUGUUUUUAACGUUUUCUGUGCCAUCUCCUUGUAUUACCUGUUUAGAGUGCGCGUUUGGAGAAAGCGUACUUGA